AUGAGGCGGUCGGAUGACCUUCUAGGCUGGGGCGCGCGCCUCCCCUCGGGCCCAGUUCCACUCCUACCUGCGGCCCGGGCGGAAGCGGAGGUGCGUUCCUCGGGGCCGUCCUUCCGGUCCACCGCCCGCCAACUUCCGGCGGCGGGUGGGCGCGCGCCUGGCAACGACCUUCUGCGCCCAGCGUCGGCGGGUGGCGGCCUGUGGAUGGAGGCUUCGGCCCCCGUCCGGGCGUGGCAGGGGUGGCGGAGGGCCCGCCUCAGGCGCUCCUGGGUCACCCCGGCCGCCAUCCUCCUCCUCCUCCUGUCCGCCUUCCUCGAGAGGUCCUCCCCGUCAGUUGAAUAUUUUGUUCGGUUACGAAGAGGUUUUCGCUUGACCCAGGAAACAGUGAAAAUAGUGGGAUCACCCUAUAAUCCAGUGAGUGUAUAUGUCAUGCUCCAUCAAAAGAGUCCACAUGUGCUAUGUGUAACCAAGAGACUACGAAAUGCUGAACUGAUAGACCCAUCAUUCCAAUGGCAUGGGCCAAAAGGAAAAAUUGUUUCAGAAAACAGCACUGCACAAGUAACAUCCACAGGAAGCCUUGUAUUCCAGAAUUUUGAUGAGAGUAUGAGUGGAGUUUACACAUGUUUCCUGGAGUAUAAACCUACUGUGGAAGAAAUUGUUAAAAGUCUUGAACUAAAAUAUAUCGUAUAUGCCUUUCGUGAACCUCAUUUUUAUUACCAGUUCACAGUACGAUAUCAUGCUGCUCCCUGCAAUAGUAUCUAUAAUAUUUCUUUUGAGAAGAAACUUCUUCAGAUUUUAAGCAAACUAGUUCUUGACCUUUCAUGUGAAAUUUCUUUACUUAAGUCUGAAUGCCAUCGUGUUAAAAUGCAAAGAGCUGGUUUGCAAAAUGAAUUGUUUUUUACAUUUUCAAUUUCAUCUCUAGACACUGAAAAAGGACCCAAGCCAUGUACAGACCAUCAGUGUGAAUCUUCCAGAAGACUGUCUAAGGCUAAAACUCUCAUAGAAAGAUUUUUUAAUCAGCAAGUAGAAGCUAUUGGCAGACGUUCAGAACCAUUGCCUGAAAUAUACUAUAUUGAAGGUACUCUCCAAAUGGUUUGGAUCAAUCGCUGCUUUCCGGGAUAUGGAAUGAAUGUCCUGAAGCAUCCAAAAUGUCCUGAGUGCUGUGUGAUCUGCAGCCCUGGAUCUUUCAAUCCCCGUGAUGGAACUCACUGCCUUCAGUGCAACAGCAGCCUGGUGUAUGGAGCAAAAGCCUGUGUAUAGCUUUAAUCUUUUGUUACUAAGUGGUUUAUUAAACACGAAAGUAUAUUUUGAUAUUAAAACAUAAUGUCAGUAUUAUGCCAAAAUUAAAUAAUCAGAUUUUACCAAAAAAUGGUGUCAUCAUUUUAAUCAGACACUGUAUGAACAUCUUGUCAUCUUUAUCCUUUCUUCCCAGACCCACAUUACUCAAAAAUAUCUCCUUAUCAUUGCAUAAUAAUGAUAGUUUCAAAUAUGUUGAAUUAAAUUAGCCCAAAAGCUUUAUCAGGAGUUUUAAAAAAUAGCCAGUUUAAUUUCAUAUAUUUAACAGAUUUAGGGCACUCUAUUCUUUUAUAACAAUUUCCAUUUUACCUUUGAGUCAAUUUUAUAAAACUUAGCUUUAUGUUAUUCUAUCUUGACCUUUCAAAACUAGUUUUAAUGUUUUAAGUAUAAAUUAGUUUAAACUUUUUUUUGGUACUGUGGUUUGAACUCAAGGCUUCAAGUCCUCUUAGCUAGUGCUGCUCAGCCUUGUCACUUUAGCUACAUACCAGUCCAGCAUUUUACUGGUUAACUGGACAUGAAUCUUUGGACUUUUCUGCCAAGGAUGGCUUUGAGUUGAAAUCUUUGAGGUCUCAGCCACCUGAGUAGCUAGAGUUAUAGGUGUGAGCCAUUGGUACCUAGCUUUAUGUGGUUAUUUCAUACUUUCAGCUAAUGUCUUAAAUUACAUUUUAGCAUUUGAGACUAAUCAUUCCGUUUUCAUAAAUCAACAAAUGAUUUAUAUUAAGUAGAUGGGUAAUUAACAAGAUAAAUAAUUUCUCAGAUUUUUCUUUUUAGUUUUGACUGAUUUAUAUUGACCUUUACUUUCUGUAGCAUUCCUUGUUUUGCUCUUACUAUUUGCUUUCGUAGAAGAACAUAAACCUUUGUAAAGGUAAAUAUAACACAAGUUAGAUCUAGGCACAGCUGAACAACAUCUUGAAAUUAAAUAUGAUUUACAUUUGGAAUUAUGCUUUAUAUAAAUAGACUAGUUAAUAGCUAAGUCUCAUGUUUGUUUAUCAUGUGGACAAUCAAUCCCAGAAUUCUCAUACAGACUACACAGUCAACAUAAGUGACCCAGAGCUGUAUUUUGUUGUAAGCCCUGAUGGGUUUUCUUUUUUUUUUUUAAUCUCCAUGAGCUUUAA